UUUUCUCUUUGCAGAUUCCUAUCGACACAUGGGAAUGAUGUCAGAUUUGGUUAAGUAAGGACUCCCGACAUGCCUGGUACGACUCGGUACUCCGCGACUUUCGACCGCCCCUAUGAGGAGGAGGAGCCGCCCCUCAUGCCCACUGCCGCGAGCAGUCGGAGGUCACGCUCGCAAAGCUGGCAGGCCAAUUCGGGUCUCGAUCGAGCCUACACUCCGCUGGGAGGCACGAGGCCCGUGCAGCACAGAUCUUCCUCCACCGACAGCGGGUCCACGCAGGGGGUCGAGCACAUUCCCACGCGGACAGUCGUCAAAACUCCGCUCAAAGCUCACAACAACCCCUUCCAGUUUGUGAAAGUAGGAACGUGCCCCUUGUAUAAGAAGGCAGAAGAACAGAUUAAAAAAGUGAAAGAAAUAAAGAAACCGGAUGUUUUGAAAGAAGAGGAGGAAGAGUGGCAAUCUAAUCUAGACAGUUGGAAAUCUCGAAGGCGAAAAAUGUCUGAAGACGUCUUCCGGAGACAAGAAGAACUCCGACAGAUGGAACUGGAAGAGCAGAUCUCUCAAGCUGCCCAGAAGAAGACAAAAACAUUUUCAGAGAUGGUAGAAUCCAGAGCUCACAGAGGAAGAACUCUGAGUUUGUGCCUUAUAUCAAGUCCUUUAGAGUUACAGAAUUGGGAAAUGGAAAACAAUAACAACAAAAAUUCCUCAAAUAGUAAUUUCUCUGCUGGAUCUGAGGAAAGCAGUAAUGUUAAUAGUGAAGACGAAAGUGUUGGUCUUAAAAGAACUGCUCAAAAUGAUGAUCAGAAUGAUACUCAGAAUUUAUCCAGCAAAACAAAUGGCCACUGCCAUAAUAGUUCAGUAAAAGAUAGCUGCAAUAAUGAAUAUAACACGCUCUCAGACCUUAAAACUAGUCGUUUCUCUGCUUCUCAGAAAGAAGGUACUUUUAUUGACUCUGGAUUAGAAAGCAUAAGCAGCAGUCACAAAGCCGGAGAUACUCCAGACAGCGGUUCUGAUUUCAGUCAAGAUAGUGCUAGCAGCAUGGAUUGUGAAUCACCACGGAUUUCAGGUCUGACUCUGGAUGAUGUAAAUUUAUUAGAUGAGUACAAUUCGAAAUCUCUGCAGAUGAGUACAAGCAGUUCUUUACCAAAUAUGAAAUCUUCAGGAAUAGAAGUAGCAGUAAAGAUACAUUUGAAUGAUAGAAAUGAAGAUCUUGGAUUUGCUUUCCUUUGCAAAGAAGAUGACGGUCAGAUUAUUGUAGACGCUCUUUCCGAAGAAAGCAUAGCUUACAAUGCAGGUGUACAUCUUGAAGAUCAAAUACUUGCAAUUAAUGGUGAAAGUAUUGCCUCAAAGCAGCCUUUAGAAAUUGCUUCCAUUUUGGAGAGAGCGAAAAAGAAUGGUUCUGUCGAUUUGCUGUUGUGGAGGCAUCACAAAGCUGCAGGCAGUUCUGACUACUCUCAAUCCCAUACGUCGGUGUUUCCAGUUGUGAAUGGAUCGGCAUAUAAUAAUAAUUCAGUGAGAAAAAGUACUUUUAUUCAAGAUGUUGACAAAAAGACCAGCCAAAGUAUAUCUUCUGCAAAUCAGAAUGAGCUUAAAAAUUCUGAAACAUGUAAAAAAUCUGGUCAGUGUUCUCUGUAUCACACUGAAAGAAGUAUUGAAUCUGAAAACGAAAUGUAUGUUGAUGAUUUUGAAGAACUGAAUCGGAAUUCUAAACUUAUUGAAAAAAAUCUUCAGAAAUUGCCAGUAAAUGAUGAAAUAAAAGAAAAUGGAAAUCAAAGCACAGUUUCUCCUCCUAAUUCUGUUUCUUCUGUUCUUUCAACUGUUUCUAAUACAUCUGUGAUUGCUAAUGGAUCAGUGACCAAAGAUUCAUGUAGUGUAACACUGAAGAACGUUCCUGCCAUAAAUGAUUCAAAUGCAACUUCUGCUACAUCUGUUUCCAAAACAUCUAUGAUUAAGAAUAGAUUAUUAGCUAAAGAUAUGCCUAGUGUAGAGAAAAAGGAAAGAACUGUUUCCGAAACAUUUAUGACUGCAGUCUCACUGUCUAAAGAUGAACCUAAAAUACAGAGAAAGAAAGCACAUUCUAAAAAUGACUUAGGUGUAACUCCUUGUAGAACUACUUUCAAUACUUCUGUGACUGCUGAUUGCUCCAUGGUUAAAGAUUCACCUAGUAUAGAGCAAAAGAAAGUACCUUAUAAAAAUGACUCAGCUGAAACUCUUGUUACAGUUGUUUCUGAUAUAUCUCUGCCUGCUAAUGGCUGUCUGGGUAAAGAUUCAACAAGUAUGGAGCAAAGGGACUCUGUUGGAACUUCUAUCACAGCUGUUUCUAAUACAUCGGUGACUGCUAAUGGCUCUUUGACUAACGAUUCACCAAGUGUAGAGCGAAAGAAAGUUUCCUCAGAAAAUGAAUCUGUUGUAAGUUCUGGUACAAGUAUUUCCAAAACAUCUGUGACUGUUAAUGGCUCGCUGACUAAAGAUUUACCUAAUGUAAAGCAAAAGAAAAUACGUCUUAAAAGUAACUCACUUAUAACUCCUAUUAUAGAUGUUUCCAGUAUGGCUGUGACUUCUGAUGGCAGUCUGACUAACACUUCAGCAAAUAUGGAGCAGAAGAAAGCAUCUCCUAAAAAUGGCUCUGUUGGAACUCCUAUUACAGCUGUUUCUAACACAUCUAUGACUGCUAAUGGUUCUUUGACUAACACUUCACCAAGUGUAGAGCAGAAGAAAGUUUCCCCAGAAAAUGACUCAGUUGUAAGUCCUGUAACAACCAUUUUGAAAACAUCUGUGACUGUUAAUGGCUCCCUGACUAAAAAUUUACCUAUUGUAAGGAAGAAGAAAAUACGUCUUAAAAGUAGCUCUCUUGUAACUUCUAUUAUAGAUGUUUCCAGUAUGGCUGGGACUUCUGAUGGCUAUCUGACUAACAAUUCAGCAAAUAUGGAGCAGAAGAAAGCAUCUCCUAAAAAUGACUAUGUUAGAAAUUCUGUUACAGCUGCUUCUAGUACAUCUGUGACCACUAAUUGCCCACUAAUGACUGAAGAUUCACCUAAUGUAGGACAAAAGACAAUAUUAUGUAAAAGUGAUUCAGAUGUAACUCCUGUUGCAAAUGUUUCCAAGAUAUUUGUGACUACUGAUGACUGUCAGACCAAAAAUUCAUCUAGUGUAGAACAAAAGAAAGCUUUUUCUGAAAAUGACCCAGUUGUAAUUUGUGUUAAUAAACCAGCGUUAGAACAAAAAUCUGACUUCAAAGAUGAAAAACAAAAUUUAAAUUCUGAUCAGAAGAAAUCGAAAAUUAAAAUCAUAAGAAAGAAGAGUAUGAAAAAUGAUACCAGUACUAAAAAUGUUAAUACAGAUGUAAAUACAUUUGCAAAUCAGAAAGAAUCAAGUAUUAAUCAAGUUAAAGAGGAUUCUUUAAGUAUUAUAUAUCAGUCUCAGCCUGUUAAAGAAAACAAAAAAGAUCUUGCCCACGAUCAAAAGAGCCAUGAGAAAGGUGCAUGUGUUUUUCUGAAAGAUGAUGUUCCUCCUGUAGAAAAAGUUGCUGAAGAAAUGGAAAAAUUAAUUCUUGAGCAGUUAGAAGAGGAAGAAAGAGCGAAAGAGAUGGCUGCUGAGAUACAACUGAAAAAUUCUGUCAACUCGCCAGAAAAUAUUUUAAUGGCUCCACUUCGCCUAGCUGAACCUCCCAAAGAAAAACCACCUCCACCACCAAGUGGUUCAAAUGAACCCCAAAAGCCAACAUCCCUGAAGAGAGUGAACUCUACUAAGCGCAUAAAGAAAGAGAUCCAUAAAAGGCGUUCAAAUUUUUUAGGAAUUGAGAAUGCUGAUGAAAACAUUUCUUGUGAAGAAACUUCUGUUCCACCACCACCUGCUCUGGAAGACAUUCUGAAAGCAGAAAUGGAAUUGGAUAGAGAAAGCAUGCGAAAAUUGGAGAGUGCUGCCGCAGAGCGCCUAACUUUAGAAGAAAACGAAAUAAUCCAAAAGGAGCAAGAAAUUAUUCAAACAUUAGAGAAGGAAGAAAGACAACAACAUAUUGCAAAUGAGAAUACAGAUUUCUGGCAUGACUCGCAAGAAAAAGAUAGAAUACAAAGUUUGAAAGAAGAGAGGAAAAGAAUAGAAGAAGAAAGGAUGAUAAAUGAAGAACAGCACUUGAGGCUACUGGAAGAGGCACAGUUGAGAGAGCGGGAGGAGUAUAUCAGAAAGCAAGAGGGUGAUAAUUCUUCUCGAGACCAACUUUCUGCAUCUGAGCCUGUUGCUGAAAGCUUGUCUAAUACCACAAACUCUCUCGUUGUUUCUUCUGUAUCUCCUGACACAUCACUUUCUGGUAUUAAUGGUGAAGGGAAAAUUUCUCUUUCAAAUUCUGUUCCACAGCUGUCUGACCAGAAAGCUGUGAAAAUUGGUGAAAAAACAAGUAAUGCCACGGCAAAGCCAGCUGUGCCUCCAAAGCCUUUGAAAAAGAAGGAGGCUAUACGUAAAGAAAGAGAACGCCUCAGGCAAGAACAGGAAGCUUUGCAAAGGGAGCGUGAAGAACACAGGCAAAAAUUAAUUAAAGAGCAAGAGGAGCUUGCAAAAAAUCACCCCAAAUCCCAUGCUCCCGAUGUUCCCUAUUCACGAUUAGGCCCACUUCCUCCUCUUGUCAAGCCUGCUUACCCUCCACAACUAACCCCUUCCCUUUCUGCUCUACCUGGUAACAGAGAGAACAUCACUGUCGCUAGUAGGAGUAUCCACGGGUCUCAGAAUGGCAGUCUUGGUUCUGUAGAUCCUUUCAGUCAGUUGAUGAAUAAACAGAACAGGCCAGUUAUCCCAUCCCAAACUAAGGUACCAUUAAAUGAAAUCUGGGGUCAGCAAAAGAUGCCUUCUGUCAGGAAGCAGAACCAUGAACCUUUGAGUGAAAGUCGAUACAAUCAGAACCAUUGGCUGAUCCAGGAGGCGGAAAUGCGGAGGAUAACAGAACUGAAAGAACGACAACGUGCCACACAUCAUUCUCAAACGCAUCUUGCAGAAGAUAACGUUUGUAGUAUUACUCCAAAAGUGCCAGUUCUGCCUCCCACACAAAACCAACACCAAAACUAUGCAACUCCUGAAAUUCUAUGGACCUAUGGGAACGUUGGUUCAACAAUCAAGAAAUAUCCUUCCAUCAAUCCCAACAAACCUUUUCCAGUUUAUGCGAGGGAGCCCACGGCGCAAGCUCCAGUGAAGCCAUCUCGAACGGGGCCAUUGGAAAGACAAGAGCAGAUGCUGUCUGUUAGUGGGCGUAAGAGGUGUUCGCAUUGCAAUGAGGAAUUAGGUCGUGGAGCUGCCAUGAUAAUUGAAUCCCUCCAGCUGUAUUACCAUAUCCACUGCUUCCAGUGCUGUGUGUGUCAAGCUCAGCUGGGCAAUGGCUCCUGUGGUACAGACGUCAGAGUUCGAAACAACAAACUUCACUGCCAUAAUUGCUAUAGUAAUGAUGAAGCUGGCGUGAAAUGUAGCCAAGUAUGAAGAAUACAUGCAAAAUAUAUAAAUAUCUGCAUCAAUAACACUGAACAUACUUAAAUUAGGAGAGCUUGUGGAUGAAGAAAGAAAAACUUCUAGCUGCUUCGUAUUUAAACUAAAGGGAGACCAUUCUUCAAGAUGAGAAAAGCUUAGAAAUUUUAUUUUUUUUUCAUAAAAAUUAAAUGAAUUUUAGGUUUCAGUUCUUACUAGUAUUUCAGAGUAGUUAAACUAUACUGUAAUAGUAUGUGUAAAAUGAUAAAUUUUUGUUAUAUAUUUAUGUGGAAUUUUAACAAUUCAAACUUCAUGUUAAAAAUUGCAAAAAAUACUAUAAUAUUUAAUUACUUUAAAAGAACGAAUAAGUAUCCUUAAGAGAAAACUGUAGAAAAAAAGGGAAUAAUAUGUUCAUAAGAGAGCUAUUUUAUUGAUGUUACAUAGCUUUUUACAACUGUGAUAACACAACGUUAUGAUUCUAAAUUAACAAAGCUACUUUUAUAACUUUAUUUGGACCGAGAAGCAGCUUACUUGUAAAGUUGUAAAUAUGUAUUUAUAUAUGUUAAUAGCUACCUGUAAAGUCAUUUGUUAGUUUGUGGUUAAGAAAAGAUGUAUAGUUACAUUGAAAUUUGAUGACAUGUGCAUGGAAUUUUGUGUGAAAAUUAGUUCAGAUUAGUGAAUAUGCGCAGAUGGAAAAUUUCUUGAUAAUUAAUUUCUUGAAUUUAAACACUUUACAAUCUUUAUUUUAAUAGUGCCUUAUAUAAGAAGAAAAUUUAAGCAAAACAAGCAGAAUAUACACGUCUGUGAUUGAGAAGUUCCUGUUGAUUCAUUUUUUGAAAAUAAGGCUUUAUUUUUCUUAGCAUUCAUAUUCAACAACUGCAUAGUGAAUAGAAAAGAUAUGUAUUUAUUAUAUAUUGUUACAAUGUGGCUGUGUACAUAAAAUGAUUUUAUCACAGAAACUAUAUAUUUGUACCUGAGAAUUUUAUUACUAAGAUCCAAUGUUUAUUUUUGCAGUUAUAAAUUGUAGUGCACGGUUGAUUAAGUUGUGAAAAGAGAGCAAUUUUAAGAUCUGUUGCUGAAUAUUGUGUAAAAAAUGUGGAAAUAAAAAAAAUCAUCAAAUUGUGGA